AUGUCGUCCUCCUCCUCUUCCCCCGAUUCAACCCCAAGGGCAAGCCCCGACCCCGCGCCCAGAUCCUCUUCCUCCUCCAAGAAGCGCAAGGUCCAACAGCCCGAAAUCGAAGUCGACAUCAACCUACCCGAGCCCCCCUCCAAGAAAGCCAAGCGUGCCCUCAAAAAGGGCAAGCCCCUGCCCCCCAAGCCCUCCUCUGACGACGAAGACAACGAGAACGAAGGCACCGCCUCCUCCUCCACCAAGAAGAACGGUACCGACGCAGACGGCAAGGCCAAAAAGGAGCGCUCCCCCUUCGGCGUCUGGAUCGGCAACCUGCGCUUCACCGUCACCCGCGACGAGCUGCGGCGCUGGCUGGUCGACAACUCAGGCGGCAGCAUCACCGACGAGGCCAUCACGCGCGUGCACGUGCCCCCCUCCAAGCCCAAGGGCCAGCGCGGCGGCGGCGGCGAGCAGCGCGAGUUUGAGAAUAAAGGGUUUGCCUAUGUGGACUUUACGACCUACGAGGCUACGGUGGCGGCGAUCGCGCUGAGCGAGACGGAGUGGUAUCGGCGGAAGCUGCUGAUCAAGGACGCGACGAGCUUCGAGGGCCGGCCCGAGGAGCAUAAGCACAAGAAGGCGGCUGCCGCCGCCGCCGCUGCUGGGGCCACGGCAGACGGAGCGGACGGGGCCAAGGCGGAGGACGCGGCGUCGCCGGCCUCGCUGAGCCGCAAGGUUUUUGUCGGGAACAUGAGCUUCCAGACGACGGAGGAGGACGUGCGUGAGCUCUUUGCCAAGUGUGGCGAGAUCGAGUGGGUCAAGGUCGCUACGUUUGAGGACAGCGGAAAGUGUAAAGGAUACGGGUGGGUCAAAUUCAAGGAGGCCGCCUCGACGGAGUGGGCGGUUAAGGGAUUCAUGAAGAUCAGGGAGGUGGAGGAGACGGAGGAGGAUUUCAUGGACCCGGCCCAAGAGAAGAAGGUCAAGACGCGCAAGUGGUGGGUCAACACCCUCCACGGCCGUCGGCUUAAAAUCGAACACGCCGAAGACGACCAGACGAGAUACAAGAAGCGCUUCGGCCGCCCCAAGGACUCCGCCGCCGAUGCCAAGGGCGCCAGGCAACAAAACCGACCCAACCAUUCACAGAGCCGACACAACAACAAUAAGAACCACAGGCAGAGCCGAGACGAUGCGUACCGCGAGAACGUCAGGGACGAGAAGGGGCCGGCUGGGAUCAAGAGCUUCGGCACAGAUAUCAGCGUCGCUAGGCUGACAGGUGCUGCCGUGAAGCCCGAGGGCAAGAAGAUCACCUUCGACUAG